AUGAAGCCAUUGAAAAAGACCCCCCCAGAGAUUUAUAACCUUCGGACCAUACUCAUUAGCUUAGUGGCAUGUGGCGGUGCUUUAUUAUUUGGGAUGGAUAUGGGCGUUAUUGGGGGUGUUCUGACCAUGGAGCCUUUUAAGGAGAAAUACGGCCUGAACAACAAAUCACCGAUACAGCAAGCCAAUCUUUCUUCGAAUAUAGUCUCCGUCAUUCAAGCUGGAGCCUUUGCGGGCUGUUUUCUUUCGAUGUGGCUAGCUAACCGCGUUGGUCGCCGCGUGUCGUUGAUCAUAGCUUCGAUUCUCGUGUUCAUUGGAGUCGCAUUACAAGCCGGGGCUUCUGGAUAUAUUGCAUCCCUCUACGUUGGCAGAUUUAUUGCCGGAGUCGCAAUUGGGAUUGCAUCAAGUGUCAACCCAUUGUAUGUUUCGGAAAAUGCCCCCAGGGGUAUUCGAGGGCUGCUUACUGGAUUCUACCAGCUGAGCAUCGUAACUGGUCUCACUCUCGCCUUUUGGAUCAACUAUGGCUGUACCUUGCACAUCGAGGGGCCUGCUCAGUAUAUCAUCCCUCUUUCAUUACAAGCACUUCCUGCCAUUAUCCUCUUUAUUGGUAUGCUUUUCGCGAACGAGUCUCCUAGAUUCCUAGCGAUGAAAUCACCAGAGAAAGCUCUGGCCGUUUUAUCCAAGUUGCGUGGCCUAUCCGCAGAUCAUCCCUACGUUCGAGGUGAAUUGGAAGGUAUCAUUCUGCAGCUAGAAGAAGAGCGGUCGUUGACAGCGCAGAGCUCCGGUCUUUUGCUUAUUAAGGAAGCUUUCACAAUUCGAUCCAAUCGCCGACGCACGUUUCUUUGUAUCACUUUAAUGAUGUGGAGUAACUUGACAGGAACCAAUGCUAUGACGUAUUAUAGUCCUGAUAUUUUCAGCAGCAUGGGAUUAUCGGGCUCUUCCGCAGGACUUUUUGCGACAGGGAUUUACGGAAUAGUCAAAAUUGUGGCUUGCUUCAUUUUCAUAGUGUUUGUGACGGACUCCCUAGGCCGGAGAAAGAGUCUUCUUUGGACUGGUAUUGUUCAGGGUCUCAUGCUGUUUUAUAUUGGGUUUUAUAUUCGAUUUGAUCCGCCAAGUGGUAGUUCGGGGCCCACCUCGGCGGGAUAUGUCGCAUUGGCUGCCAUUUACCUUUUUGCAGCUGCCUAUCAAUUCGGCUGGGGACCUGUUGUUUGGACAUACUGCUCGGAAAUCCCCGCUGCUCGUCUCCGACCUCUUCAAAUGGGGAUGGCUACAGCCAGUCAGUGGUUGUUCAACUUUGUGGUAGCUAAGGCUACGCCAAAUAUGUUCGCAACAUUGGGUGUCAAUGGAUUCGGGACUUACUUUAUAUACGGGUCUUUCUGCUUCACUAUGGUUGUGUUUGCGUGGUUCUUUGUACCGGAAACGAAAGGAUUAUCACUGGAAAAUAUGAAUGAGCUGUUUGAGCAAAACAAUCUGAGGGGAAAAUUCACUCCCUCUCGCUUUGAAGGCGGAGGAAACGAUCGAGAGCUGAAGUCAGAUUCAGAAGUGCACCCUUCCAUUGAGCAUGUGGAUGAUGUGCAGAGGGUUGUUUAG